AUCACCCUACCGUACGGUUACCCGACCAGCUCGGUCACAAGAAAGAAAGAGGCUCGCUAAAACGCGUACAACUUUGAACGUCGCCCAUCAGCAAGCAAGCAAGCCAGCCAGCAGAACCAGGAGACAGAUAGAGAGUGUAGGAACGCGUGAAGGAAAGAAAGACGACCAAACGUUGUUGAAUCGGAGGAGAAUCGGAGACUAUCGAAGACAACAAAACUUUGAUGACGAUAACAUUGUUAUUCGUCGGAGGAUUUGUGUGCUGGUGACCUACCAUACUACCUAUAUAGUGCUGCUUAUACACACUUCUGGGUGCCCGCUCACCAGUUCCUGUUACGUACCUCUGCUUACUUACGACGACGACGACGACGACAACGGGAAGAAAAAGUUACGUUCGUGCAAAGUGCUAGUGCUGUGUAAAAAUAAGCUUCCUGAUCCCGUGGUUCAAUACCUACUAUACACCGAGCGAGCGAGAGUAGUGUGAAGAGUGAGGCACAAGUGGGGCGAAAUAAGAAAAUUGCAUCGUACUCGUCGCCGUUUCUUGCUAGUGGCCAUCGCCGUACGUAAUCUCGGGUAACCACCAGCUCCACACGAGAGAACAACACCAAGAAGUGCAGAAAAAAAAACAACAGAACAAGGGGUUUCCUCCUGGCACAUUGUUUCUCGGCAGUGACCCUUUGAGCGAGUGUCGGAAUUGGAAAGGAUUCACCAUCUAACAACGCAACGAGAUAUUACGCCUGAUUCCUGAAUAGAGAUUACGCGAUUCCCGGUAGGCGAACCGAUUUAAGGGAAGGUGUGCGACAUUCGUUUCGGGUGACCCACAACCGCCACCAGAAUCAAUGGUAGUAGCAACUGCAGCGUGAGAGGACUUGAACCGGAAUCGUGUCGUUUUGAACUACUCACCACAAGCCACGUCGAGAUGGGUGCGUUUCUGGAGAAACCGAUGACGGCGAAGCACAACGAGCAUGGCGAAGGCAACGGGCUCCGGUACGGGGUAGGAUCGAUGCAGGGCUGGCGCUGCGAGAUGGAAGAUGCACACUACGCCAAAACCGGACUAGGGGAAGGGCUGGAUGAUUGGAACUACUUUGCGGUGUUCGAUGGUCACGCGGGACACAAGGUGGCCGAUCAUUGUGCGAAGAAUCUACUGCAGUCGAUCGUCCGGACACAGGAAUUCAGCAAUAACGAUAUAACAAAAGGUAUUCACGCUGGGUUCCUCAAGCUGGAUGAAUCCAUGCGGGACAUUCCGGAGUUGGCAUCCGGAGCGGACAAAUCCGGAACCACCGCGGUGUGUGCGUUCAUUUCCAGCCAGAAUAUCUACGUAGCAAAUUGUGGAGACUCGAGGGCAAUCCUGUGUCGUAACUGUGCACCGAUAUUCUCCACUCAGGAUCACAAACCGAUCCUUCCGGGGGAAAAGCAGCGAAUCCAGAACGCCGGCGGAUCCGUUAUGAUCCAAAGGGUAAACGGGAGCCUGGCGGUGUCCCGGGCGCUAGGAGAUUACGACUUCAAAAACGCCAAGGAGUUGGGCCAGUGUGAACAGUUGGUGUCGCCGGAACCGGAAAUUUUCUGCCAAGACCGGGAUCCGGCCGAUGAGUUCCUGGUGCUGGCCUGCGACGGCGUGUGGGACGUGAUGAGCAACGCCAACCUGUGCCAGUACGUGCACAGCCGAAUGCAGAUCUCCGAGAGCCUCGAGGACAUUGCCAACCAGGUCAUCGAUACCUGCCUCCACAAGGGAAGUCGCGACAAUAUGAGCAUAAUCAUCAUUGCAUUCCCCGGCGCCCCGGUCCCGAACGAGGAAGCCAUCAAAAAAGAUGAGAAGCUGGAAGCGGCGCUGCACAAGCGGGUCGAGCAAAUGAUCGCCGAGAUGGGUACGAACGUGGAGUACGCUAUGAUUUUGAAGCGGUUGAGCGAGGAACACAUUCCGGACCUGCCGCCGGGCGGAGGGCUCGAGGCCAAGUGUUCCUACGUGUCCAAGGUGUUCAAGGAGCUGUGCCCGAAACUGGCCGACACUUGCGAGAUCGAUGCGGUAAAUCAUCCAAACAACGAUGCAGAGGCGCUGAUCCCAGAGUUUUUCGAAGAAUUAAACUAAAUCGAUGUAUUAUGAUAAUUUAUAUGCUAACUUUUUGUAAGAAAUAUAUGGUGAAAUCGUUCCAUUCCAUAAUCUUUUCAACACUGGAAAUAUCCCGAAAAAAGAGCAGCCAAAAACCGCCAACAAAAUAAGUACGUCAUCAACAUCAUCAUCAUCAUCAGUGUCUGUGUGUGAACAAUCUGUAAAUCGCGCUCUACAAUUGAUAUGAAGUUGAAGUUGAAGCAUCAUCAAAACUUUUGGAUAAACAAAAAAAAAACGUCGUUGUCGGCUUGUUCAUACUAAAUGCGAAUAACAGAGCAAAUAAUUGGUCAAAUGUUAGAGACAACAUUAUUAUUACUUUUGGGGUAAAAUUCAAUAAAAUGUGCGCGUAAGAAGGUGAAACUAAAAACAUUCAAAUCAUCAAGCAACAAUAGCAUUCAUGGGAAAUGUAAGAAGCUUUUUUUGGUAGAAAUUGUGUGAAAUUUGAUGGAUUUGAUCGUGUUUACUUACAUAAAAAAGUAACAAAGAAAGAGGGAAAGGAAACAGAAUAUAUGAUGCUGGAAUUAAGAUUAAAUAGAAGCAUAAUGGUAGCGAGCGGAAACAUUCUCACAAAGAGGAAUGAAGAAAAUACAAUUAAUUUAAACAAGCGAAAAUGUGGUGUCAUGUCUUUACAAACGAAGAUUGUCCCCCCUUCUACUGCUACAGGGGGAUGAUCAAUGAGGGAAUCAGAUACUUGUAUGGUGAUUAGUAUGGGGCAAAUAUCAAAUCCUCGCUCCAGUCGACUUUUUAGAUCCCAUUUAGGUCCCAUAUGAACUGUGCAAAAUUUCAGCGCAAUCGGUGAAACUAUAAUUUAGCGCAAGCGGUUCAAAGUUUUCAUAGAAUUUACUAUGGGAAAAGUUACACUUUCAGAUAAAAAAUGCCAGAGGGCGUCCCUUGUCUCCUUAAUUCAAAUCGAUCAAUGUUUCUUGUAGAAAAAUCAAUUUUGAAACUUUCCUUCGAAGACCGCAAAACAAUUGGAUGCUUGUGGAAAAAGUUAUUGAUUUAUUAUCGAUUAGUGAUCUAAUGAACGGCUUUUUGUUUUGUUUUAUUAGCAGCACUGUAGCUGCUGCCUUGGCUGCUGCAGUUUCUGGGGGUGGUGAUGCCUCCCGCCACCCCAUGCAACAACGGCAGCAGCAGUGCUGCUGAUAAAACAAAAUAAAAAGCCGUUCGUUGGGUCACUAAUCGAUAAUAAAUCAAUAACUUUUUCCACAAGCAUCCAAUUGUUUUGCGGUCUUCGAAGGAAAGUUUCAUAAUUGAUUUUUCUACAAGAAACAUUGAUCGAUUUGAAUUAAGGAGACAAGGGACGGCCUCUGGGAUUUUUUAUCUGAAAGUGUAACUUUUCCCAUAGUAAAUCCUAUGAAAACUUUGAACCGCUUGCGCUAAAUUAUAGUUUCACCGAUUGCGCUGAAAUUUUGUACAGUUCAUAUGGGACCUAAGUGGGAUCUAAAAAGUCGACUGGAGCGAGGAUUUAUUUUUUCCAUACAAGCGUGUACCAUACUAAUGGUGAUCGCAACCAGUUCAGAUAUCCGCCUGCCAUACCUACCCAUCUGAAGCUGAAAAAAAAAAUCCAAACGUUCAUACUCGCGGUUUUGGAAUAAAUCUCAGGUCUACCUACUGUCACCUGAAAGUUUUAUAAAAUUGCGUUAUGGAAGAUACAGUGUAUCGGAUAGUUGUCUUUGCAGGAUUUUCUACCACAGGCGGUCGAAUGUUUGUGUUUGAACCAACUCAGCUGAAAUUAGAGAUCCAGUCUUGGAUCCAGUUGUGAGACCACCACCACCCACCACGCACGAAAUAUAUUCCGCGGGCAUCUGCGGUUAUUGAGUAUUCGCCAUUGAUACACACCGUGUUUUACUGGCGUACAGCAGCUCAUAGAUUUUACGUUUUUGUUGAACAUUCUGAUUUAGGGUGCGUUGACUUAUCUUCUUGUUUCCUAAACUUCUAAAAGUAGUCCUCGCUUUCUUUAUCCAUGCACCUACGUGCCGAUCUUAGCACCGCCAUUUUGAAUACCUAUCCUUGCCUCAAUCGAACGACGACUUGGAUGGUUUCAAUCAAGACAGGGCUGUUCAGCACUCUGUACAAAAAUGCCUCGUACUGUGCUUCAAUGAGGCCGGUGAUUUUCUUAGGGGUUUUCACGCCUUUGUCGUUUACAUGCUCCUCCUACAAGUUCUAAAACUUUUCAAUAUUUUGGGAUCUGGUCGUCCCAAUAUGUUUUUUUUUUCUACUGUCUGUACUGCCGUGAAUCGCAUAUCAGUCCCAUCUAUGCUGGAUUUCCUAUGCAAAUGGGACAGAUAUGCGAUUCACGGCAGUGUAGUACUGUGCCACAAAUCCAUACAUAAACGUAACUUUUGAUAUGACUGUAUCUUCCGAACUUUCCACGAACAGAUAACCGCUAGAAGUAUCUGUUCCUAAGGACGAAUAUCAAAAUGUAGAAUUUAGUACCUAUGUAUUUUCCUUUCGAGAUAUUUUUCGAACCUUUUGUUGUUAGGUUUAGUUCAGAGUAAUGUUACGUAAUAGUUUAUACCUCGAUUUACCUACUUAAUGAAAUGAAAAAAAAGCAACCGCGCGAGAAGUCUAUAGCAUUAAAGAGAGAAAGCAAGCAGAAAACAAACCCAGAAACGGUCAAAUGUAGCUAAAUGAGAUUUGAAUACCUGAUAUAUGCUUGGGAAUAAACCAUUAUAUCGUCUGCAUACACUCCAUACAUAUUAUAGGAAUAAUUUGUUCAAACAAGAAACGGGAAAUCGUAUAGAAAUAUACCUACACAAAACAGAAAAAAAAACACUACAAAGAAAAAAAGAAAUCAUCUUGAAGUUGUUCGAUUUGAGUGAGAUUGAGAAGUCACCUCUCCGAACAUUAUUGUGCGCGCACGCAGCAUCAGACACAUCUGAUCGAGAGCGCCAAGAACGAGUUGUGGAGCGAUCAUCGUCCUCUCGGGAGGAACAGAAGGAAAAAAAAAACUUUAAAAACCGUGUAAUGGAAUAUUAAUGAAUACACUGAUUCCCAUUCAUCCAGUACAUACAUACAGACAGACAGACAAACGGAUAGAGGAGAAACCAACAAAACAAUAUUGUAAGAAUCUGGUAUUUAUUAUUGAAAAGCAAACUUGUAAAUGGACAAAUUGAACAAAACAAAAUAGAGUUGGUGUUUUAUUACUAGA